GGCCUGGGAACACGUGGUUUGGAAGUGCCCCCACGUGCAGGGAAGAUGGUGGUCCUGCACUUCUAUCGCUCCUUGCAGAAUUCAUCAGAGACCCUGCGGCUGCCCGGUGCGGAGAAUAUACAGAGCCUGCAGAGGGAGCUGUGCUACAAUGUCAAUUGGACAGGUCCCGCGGCCCCAUCCAGCCAGGAGACUGACGCCCUUCGAUGGCUGUUUAGUUGCCCCUUUGACCCUCAGAGUAUCUCUGACACCUCAUCCCUUCACUCGGAGCCUUCUGACCUGCUGGUAGAGAUCGGCCCAAGACUGAAUUUCUCCACCGCGACUUCCACCAAUGCUGUGUCCAUCUGCCGCUCUGUUGGCCUGACCAACGUGGACAGGAUCGAGUGCUCCAAGAGGUAUCUCAUCAAGUUCCAGACUAGGCCCCAGGGCAGUGAGGAGCAAGAGCUGCUAGCCUCUCUGUACGACCGUAUGACGGAAUGCGUUUACCCGGAGCCGGUGAGGAGUUUCGAGGUGUCCGUUAGACCGGAGAAAGUGUACGAGGUGGAUAUUUUGGGGCAAGGCAGGGCAGCACUGGAAAAGGCCAACACUGAGCUAGGUUUGGCCUUCGACUCCUGGGAUCUUGAUUACUAUAGCAGCCUUUUCCAGCGCGUGGGUCGGAACCCCAGCAGCGUGGAGUGCUUUGAUCUUGCACAGUCCAACAGCGAGCACAGCCGCCACUGGUUCUUUAAGGGCAAAUUAAAGGUCGACGGGCAGGAGAAGGAGAUGUCUCUGUUCGACAUGAUCAUGAAGACUCAGGACACCAGUAAUCCCAACAACGUCAUCAAGUUCUGUGACAACAGCAGUGCGAUCCAGGGAAGAGAAGUGGCAUCUCUAAUCCCAACAGACCCUUCAUGUGCUGGGCCCUAUCAUCUCUGUCGCUCCACACGGCACCUGAUUUUCACUGCAGAGACCCACAACUUCCCUACUGGCGUGGCCCCAUUCAGCGGCGCUACGACAGGAACAGGAGGGCGCAUUCGGGACGUGCAGAGCACCGGCAGGGGAGCACAUGUCAUUGCUGGGACGGCUGGGUACUGCUUUGGGAACCUGCACAUCCCAGGAUACUCUCUUCCCUGGGAGGACCCCGCAUAUCAGUACCCAGUGCAGUUUGCCAGGCCUCUGGAGGUGGCUAUUGAAGCCAGUAACGGAGCCUCUGAUUAUGGAAACAAGUUUGGGGAGCCUGUUUUGGCCGGAUUUGCCCGUUCCUUUGGAGUGCGGUUGCCUUCGGGAGAAAGGAGGGAGUGGGUGAAACCCAUUAUGUUCAGUGGUGGGAUCGGAUCCAUGGAGGAUGUUCACCGUACUAAGGAGGCCCCAGAGCCUGGCAUGCACGUGGUUAAAGUGGGAGGUCCUGUCUAUAGGAUUGGGGUUGGCGGUGGAGCUGCCUCUUCUAUUCAGGUCCAGGGGGAUAACGCCAGCGAGCUGGAUUUUGGGGCAGUGCAACGUGGAGAUGCAGAGAUGGAGCAGAAGAUGAAUCGGGCCGUACGGGCCUGCGUGGAGCGAGGAGGCAAGAACCCCAUCUGCAGCAUUCACGAUCAGGGAGCCGGGGGCAACGGGAACGUCCUGAAGGAGCUCAGUGAGCCCCAAGGAGCAGUCAUUUACACUAAAAGCUUCCAGCUGGGGGACCCCACCCUGAGUGUUCUGGAGAUAUGGGGAGCAGAAUAUCAGGAGUCCAACGCUUUGCUCCUGCGCCCCGACGAUGCCGAAUUCCUGCGCUCUGUGUGCCGGCGGGAGAGGUCUCCUGUGGAUUUUGUGGGCAAGAUCACCGGGGAUGGCAGGAUUGUGUUGAUAAAUGGCAGUGACACAGAUCCCGCCCCUGACUCCACUGACCGCAAUGCUGUUCCCGUUGACCUCCAGCUGGAAUGGGUCUUAGGAAAAAUGCCUCGCAAGGAGUUUGUUCUAAACCGCGUGGCACCAAACUUGCAGCCGCUGGUGCUCCCUAGUGGCCUGACAGUCGGGCAGGCGCUUGAUCGCGUGCUGAGGUUGCCGUCCGUAGCGAGCAAACGCUACCUGACCAACAAGGUGGACCGCUCCGUCACAGGCCUGGUGGCCCAGCAGCAGUGCGUGGGGCCUCUUCACACUCCAUUGGCCGACGUGGCUGUGGUGUCUCUGUCUUAUUCGGACAUUGUAGGAGGAGCUACAGCAAUAGGAGAACAGCCAAUCAAAAGCCUACUGAAUCCUGCAGCUGGGGCAAGACUGGCGGUGGCCGAGGCACUAACCAAUCUCCUCUUUGCUCAAGUGACGGACCUAAAGGAUGUGAAAUGCAGCGGGAACUGGAUGUGGGCCGCCAAGCUGCCCGGAGAAGGCGCCUUGCUUUACGACGCCUGUGCAGCUAUGUGUGAUGUCAUGGCGCAGCUCGGCGUUGCCAUCGAUGGAGGAAAAGAUUCUCUCAGCAUGGCCGCCAGAGUGGGCACAGAAACAGUUAAAGCUCCAGGUUCGCUAGUGAUCUCGGUGUAUGCAGUCUGCCCCGACAUAACUACCACCGUGACCCCCGAUCUUAAGAACCCAGGGCAGAAAGGUGUUUUACUGUAUUUGCCCCUCUGCCCUGGUCAGCACCGGCUUGGGGGCAGCGCCCUGGCUCAGUGCUACUCACAGCUGGGAGAGACCCCCCCAGACCUCGAUGACCCUCAGACUUUAAUCUCCUGCUUCAACGUCACCCAACAGCUGCUGAGAGACCGCGUCCUUAGCGCCGGCCAUGACGUCAGUGAUGGAGGCCUAGUCACCUGUAUCCUGGAAAUGGCUUUUGCUGGAAACUGUGGCCUGGAUAUUGAGAUUUCCUCCUCCUGCACCAAUGUGCUGGAACUGCUGUUUGCCGAGGAACCGGGCCUGGUUCUAGAGGUUGCAGAACAAAGUGUAGAACUGGUCAUGGAACGUUACAGAGCAGCAGGAGUGGAAUGCGUGAGGAUCGGAUGCACCAAGGAACGUGGCCCAGCGUCUAUGGUCCGAAUCCGUGCCAAUGGGCAGGAGGUGGUCAACGAGAAGUUGGGUUCCCUCAGAGCCGUAUGGGAGGAGACCAGUUUCCAACUUGAACGCCUUCAGGCCAAUCCAAGCUGUGUAUCGCAGGAGGAGGCUGGGCUGAGAGUGAGGGAGGGGCCAAGUUAUCACCUGACUUUUAACCCGUCUGAAAUACCUUUGGUUCCUCCAUCAGUCGGUGGCAACCAACCGCGUGUUGCUGUUGUGCGUGAAGAGGGUAGCAACGGAGACCGGGAAAUGGCGGCAUCUCUCCUAAUGGCUGGAUUUCAGGUGUGGGAUGUCACCAUGGAAGAUCUUCUUGCUGGAGGCACCACCCUGGACUCUUUCAGGGGACUUGUAUUUGUUGGGGGAUUUAGCUACGCUGAUGUGUUAGGGUCUGCCAAAGGUUGGGCCGCCUCGGUGAAGUUCAAUGCCAGCGUGCGCGAGCAGUUCGAGAACUUCCGCCGUAGGGCAGAUACUUUCAGCCUUGGGGUUUGCAAUGGGUGCCAGCUGAUGGCUCUUCUGGGCUGGGUAGGACCCGAUAACCCAACAGACACAGUAGGUGAUCUCCCCACCCAAGGGGUUCUGCUCAGCCACAAUCUCUCCGGCCGGUUUGAAUCUCGAUUUGUCACCCUGAAGAUCCAACAGAGUCCUUCCAUUUUGCUACGAGGGAUGGCCGGGUCCACGCUCGGAGUGUGGGUGGCCCAUGGCGAAGGAUACAUGAGGUUCCGAUCUCCGAAAGUGCAGGACUAUGUGACGUCCAAUCACUUGGCGCCGCUCUGUUACGUGGAUGAUGGAGGCAAGCCGACGGAAGAAUACCCAAUGAAUCCAAAUGGCUCUCCGUUGGGAAUUGCUGGUCUUUGCUCUGCAGAUGGGCGGCACUUGGCCAUGAUGCCCCACCCAGAGCGCUGUGUCAUGAAGUGGCAGUGGCCUUGGAUGCCGGAAAGCUGGCGCCACUCAUUGGAUGUCUCGCCGUGGAUGCGUCUCUUCCAGAAUGGGUACCGCUGGUGCCAGGAGAACCCAAGCAGGGAUAACUAAUUGCACCCCAAGCGCCUCCCCUAUGCAUUGCCUGUUACAUGGUCGGCAUAUUUAUAUCUUCUCUACCCAGCACCAAAGGAUCAUGGGAAUCUGAUUUCUCAGCUUUUGUCUUUGACAAUCCAAGUGGCACCUUUCCAUAAAAGUGAUACUGGCACUUUCAUGCAGUUUGGGUUUAAUACCCCCUCAACCCCCAAGCACUCACCCCAAAUCCCCCCCUAACUGGCCUUCAGGCUGGGCCCCCUUAGCCCAUAACAAGGUUACAGAUAUAUAGAAACAUUGGGGUAACAGUCACCCUGCUAUAGUUCCAGGGGUACCCAGGGCACAAAUAAGCACUCACCCCAAAUCCCCCCCCUAACUGGCCUUCAGGCUGGGCCCCCUUAGCCCAUAACAAGGUUACAGAUAUAUAGAAACAUUGGGGUAACAGUCACCCCGCUAUAGUUCCAGGGGUACCCAGGGCACAAAUAAGCACUCACCCCAAAUCCCCCCUAACUGGCCUUCAGGCUGGGCCCCCUUAGCCCAUAACAAGGUUACAGAUAUAUAGAAACAUUGGGGUAACAGUCACCCUGCUAUAGUUCCAGGGGUACCCAGGGCACAAAUAAGCACUCACCCCAAAUCCCCCCUAACUGGCCUUCAGGCUGGGCCCCCUUAGCCCAUAACUAGGUUACAGAUAUAUAGAAACAUUGGGGUAACAGUCACCCUGCUAUAGUUCCAGGGGUACCCAGGGCACAAAUAAGCACUCACCCCAAAUCUCCCGCACUAUAGAUUUUGGGUAAUGAAUUUCCAGAUAACAGAUCCCAUACCAGACUACAGAAAGAUAUAUUUUUAUACUAAUGGCAGCUUCUUAGACUUCUAUCAGGUUGGCCUGCAUCUCCCCGCAGGGGGCGCUGUUCUAUUCAGGUCUAUGAAAGGAACAAUACUUCCUAGGAAGGCCAGACCCUUUGGUUUUGUUACUGGUACGAGCCAUUUGCACUAGGACCCUGAUCAUUUACAUUCCAAGUAUUCUACUAUGUGUUUUAUUUUUUUUGGAGAAUGGCAAGUUCCCCUUUAAUUCGGCUCAUUAACCUAAAAUCCAACCUACAUAUAAAGUAAUUAACCCUGCUGUGGCUGUGGCACUGAAUAUAAGAGGGACACACAUGUGAUCUAUGCGGGAUGUUCUGAUUGGCUGCUGCAGGCACUACUUAGGUAAAGCAGUUUCGGUGCCUGGGCUGCUAGAAGCGGAUUGGCUGCCGCCCCCAAGGUUACACGGUACUGUUUGUUCUUAUAGAAGAUAACAAUAAAAUCUUGUGGCUUUUUCCU